AUGGGGGACUUCAACAACAAUAACAACGAUGCCUUCAUGCGCAACCAAAACGCCGCCGUUCAGGCCCGCACCAAAGCUCAGAACCGUUCCAACGUCCUUCAGCUCAAACUGAUUGGGCAGAGUCAUCCUACUGGUCUCACAGCAAACCUGCUGAAGCUCUUCGAGCCUAGGCCUCCCUUGGAGUACAAACCGCCGCCGGAGAAACGGAAAUGUCCACCGUUGACAGGGAUGGCACAAUUUGUGGGCAAGUUUGCCGAGCCUGGGGAUCCAGAAUAUGCUCCACCUGUUCCAGAAACCGAAACUCCUGCACAAAAAAGAGCCAGAAUACACAAGCUAAGGCUAGAAAAGGGAGCUGCAAAGGCUGCUGAGGAGCUUGAGAAAUAUGACCCACAGAAUGACCCAAAUGUAUCUGGAGAUCCAUACAAGACAUUGUUUGUAGCUAAACUUAGUUACGAGACCACUGAAAGCAGAAUCAAAAGGGAGUUUGAGUCAUAUGGUCCAAUCAAACGGGUUCGGUUAGUUGUGGACAAAGAGACAAAUAAGCCCAAGGGUUAUGCUUUUAUUGAGUUUCUGCAUACAAGAGACAUGAAAGCUGCUUAUAAACAGGCUGAUGGUAGGAAAAUUGAUGGUAGAAGGGUGCUUGUGGAUGUUGAGCGUGGGAGGACUGUUCCAAAUUGGAGGCCUCGCCGCUUGGGUGGUGGGCUUGGUACUACUAGAGUUGGGGGUGAAGAACUUAAUCAGCGACAUUCUGGGAGGGAGCAACAGCAGUCUCGUUCUGAAGAACCAAGAGCACGGGAGGAUCGACAUGGCGAUAGAGACAGGGAAAUAUCGCGUGAAAAAGGUAGGGAUAGGGAUAGAGAACGGGAGCGAUCAAGGGAGCAUUCUCAUGAAAGGGUCAGGGAUCGUGAUUAUAGAGAGGAUAGACACCACAGAGACCGUGAAAGGAACAGGGACAGAGAUAGGGAAAGAGAAAGAGAUCGUGGACAUAGAGCACGGGAUCGGGAUAGAGAGAGGGACCGUGAUCGACAUCGUGAAAGGGAUAGAGAUCAUGAAGUUGGGGAUACUGAUCGACGCUCACGUGACAGGGAGUCUGAUUAUGAUCGUGUUGAAUCUAAGCAUGAGAGGGAUCAACAUGGGGAAAGGAAUCGCGACUAUGAACCUGAGGACGAUCGUGGUAGGCAUAACCAGUAUGAACAUGGUCGUCGGCAUGCAGACCCUGAUCAUGACCUAGAACAGUAUGACCACUACAAUCGUGGAGAUGACCGUGGUGAUCGAGGCGAUCAUUACAAUCAGUAUCAUGACCAUGAUAGGAUGGAAGAUGACUACCAUGUAGGACGGGCAACAUCUGAAUCACAUGAGAAGGAGAGAAGUCAUGGUACAGACCGAGAAUAUCGUCGCGCAGAGAGAUCUCAUUCCCGGGAGUACGAUUACUAG